CACACAUCAUCAGUAACCCGUUCCAGAAAACAAACCGAUAAGGCGACAAACAAUUUGGAUCAACUCAGGGCACAUCGUCUAUUUCUCCACAUCGCAAUGAAAUGAGGGGAGCAUGGGGGCCAAAGAGUCGAGGAUUGGAUUCCUGUCGUAUGACGAGGCAGUCAAGAGAGUCACCGAUGUGGAAUUGAAGCGGCUGAAAGAUGCCUUCAAGAGAACGAGCGGCCUCACAUAUUACAUGACCCAGCAGUGCUUUUACAGGGAAGUGCUGGGAGAUGGAGUUCCCAAUAAAGUUGCAGAGGUGAUCUACACCUCAUUCGGAGGCUCGUCUAAAGGGCUGCACUUCAACAAUCUGAUUGUGGGUUUGGUGCUUCUGACCAGAGGGCGCGAUGAAGAGAAGGCCAAGUACCUCUUCAGCCUGUUUGCCAGCGAUCUGGGUGGACAUGCAGCCAGGGAAGAUAUAGAAGCAGUUCUGCAGGUCCUGGAUGGAGAAGUCCCGACCUCCCUCAAGAAGUGCUUCAGUGAGGGUGACAAGGUGAACUAUGAGCGCUUCAGGAACUGGCUCCUGCAGAACAAGGAGGCCUUCACUUUAUCCAGGUGGCUUCUGUCUGGAGGAGUGUGUGUCACGCUCACAGAUGACAGCGACACGCCUACCUUCUACCAGACACUGGCUGGCGUCACACACUUGGAGGAGUCGGACAUUAUAGACUUGGAGAAGCGCUACUGGCUACUGAAAGCCCAGUCCAGAACCGGCCGCUUUGACUUGGAAACCUUUGUUCCACUGGUUUCUCCUCCCAUCCAUGCCUCACUGAGUGAAGGCUUGUUUCAUGCCUUCGAUGAGAAUCGGGACAAUCACAUUGACUUUAAAGAGAUCUCUUGUGGACUCUCUGCGUGCUGCAGGGGGCCCAUUGCUGAAAGGCAGAAAUUUUGCUUUAAAGUGUUUGAUGUUGACCGUGAUGGGGUUCUGUCUCGAGAUGAGCUCCAUGAAAUGGUGGUGGCUUUGCUGGAGGUGUGGAAGGACAAUCGCACGGACAUACUCCCUGAGCUGCUAAGCAGCGUGUCAGACAUAGUAGAAGGCAUCCUAGAAAUGCAUGACACAACCAAGCUGGGUCACCUGACCCUGGAAGACUACCAGAUCUGGAGUGUGAAGAGUGCUUUGGCCAACGAAUUCCUAAACCUGCUUUUCCAGGUCUGCCACAUAGUCCUGGGGCUUAGGCCUGGUAGUCCUGAGGAGGAGGGACAAAUCAUCAGGGGUUGGUUAGAGAGGGAGAGCAGACAUGGGCUGCAGCAAAGUCAAAACUGGUUUCUUAUCUCCAUGCUGUGGUGGCAGCAGUGGAAGGACUACGUUAAAUAUGGAAGUCCCUGCUGUUGUCUCCCUGUCCAGGAGCAUAAGGGCAUCGUGGUGGAGCAGCCGUCCAUCCUGAGCUUGUUGCGGACUCCAAUGACCACAGCCACUAUAGAGCCUGCCCCGCCAGACAGACUGGGAGGACUGGGAACCUUCAGCUCGGUCAGCCCCACUGAGGAGAGGUCACCUGAUGCUGUUUCCAGCGCCUCAGAGGCCACAGAGACGGCCCUGAGCCCACAGGUAGCUCCCUCUGCUACAGAGAGCUGUUUUGCCCGUCAGCAGAAUGUAUCAGACAACAACAAUCAGUGUUUUUCUGGAGCCAACGGCCACCUCCCCUCCCAGCUGGCAGCACAAAGACCUGGAGCCAUCGAUAACCAGCCUCUGGUCAAUACUGACCCCAUGAAGGCCCCGACGUUAACCAUGGAGGGAGGCAGGUUGAAGCGCUACUUGCAGCCAGUGCCUGGCAGAGACUUUGAGACCGUGCCGGAGCCGGUGUGGAGGGCACUCUACCAUUGGUACGGUGCAAACCUCAGCCUGCCGCGACCGGUUAUCCUGGAGAGCAAGACAGGCCAAGCAGAGCUGGAGCUCUUCCCACGCUACCUCCUCUUCCUCCGCCAGCAGCCGGCCACGCGCUCCCCCCAGUCCAACAUCUGGGUCAAUAUGGGUAUGACCAGCCUGCGAAUGUUCCCACCGUAUUUACCCCCACCAAGAGGUAGUGUGCCAUCCCCCAACGCUCCCCUGAAGCGGGUCUUGGCCUACACAGGCUGCUUCAGCCGCAUGGCCACCAUCAAGGACAUCCACCUCUACCUGUCCCAGCGACUCCGCAUCAAGGAGGAGGACAUGAGACUCUGGCUCUACAACAGUGAGAAUUACCUCACCCUCCUGGACGAUGAAGAUCACACACUGGAAAGCCUGAAGAUCUAUGAUGAGCAGCAGCUAGUUAUUGAAGUCAGGAACAAAGACAUGAGCUGGCCUGAGGAAAUGUCUUUCAUUGCCAACAGUAAUAAGAUGGACAGACACAAAGUUCCCACAGAGAAAGGAGCCACUGGCCUCAGUAACCUUGGCAACACCUGCUUCAUGAACUCCAGUAUCCAGUGUGUGAGCAACACCAAGCCUCUCACAGACUACUUCAUCUCAGGGAGACACCUCUAUGAGCUCAACAGAACCAACCCCAUCGGUAUGCGAGGUCACAUGGCCAAGUGUUAUGGUGACCUGGUGAUGGAGCUGUGGAGCGGGACACAGAAGAACGUUGCUCCACUCAAACUAAGGUGGACAAUAGCAAAGUAUGCCCCGCGCUUUAAUGGAUUCCAGCAGCAGGACUCCCAGGAGCUGCUAGCCUUCCUGCUGGAUGGUCUCCAUGAAGAUCUCAACAGAGUGCAUGAGAAACCCUAUGUGGAACUGAAGGACAGCGAUGGCCGGCCUGACUGGGAGGUCGCCUCUGAGGCUUGGGAGAACCACCUCCGUAGAAACCGCUCCAUCGUGGUGGAUCUAUUCCACGGUCAGCUCAAGUCCCAGGUGAAGUGUAAGACCUGUGGACACAUCAGCGCUCGCUUCGACCCCUUCAACUUCCUGUCUCUGCCCCUGCCCAUGGACAGCUCCAUGCAUCUGGAAAUCACUGUCAUUAAACUGGACGGCUCUACACCGGUGCGCUACGGCCUUCGGUUGAAUAUGGAUGAGAAGUACACAGGCCUGAAGAAGCAGCUGAGUGAACUGUGCAGUCUGAAGCCUGAGCAGAUCCUCCUGACUGAGGUCCACACCUCCAACAUCAAGAACUUUCCUCAGGACAACCACAAGGUCCGUCUGUCUGUUAACGGCUUCCUGUGUGCAUUUGAGAUCCCUGUUCCAGGUUCCCCAACUUCACUGAGCUCCCCCACUCUGACAGACAUCACCCCAAUAGCCAAUGGGUCUGCUGCUAAAGAGAACCUUGGCAGUCAGCCCGUACUCAUCCCGAACGGUGUGCCCAGUACCAUGGUGCCCUGUGACCCAGGGAUGCUCCUCACCAAUGGGGUCGCCAAUGGACACAUUACACCGAUGCAGAGUAGCCCCUUCAUUGGAUACAUCAUUGCCAUGCACAGAAAGAUGAUGCGUACGGAGCUGUACUUCCUGUCAUCUCAGAAGAACCGGCCCAGUCUGUUCGGCAUGCCGCUCAUAGUCCCCUGCACUGUCCACACCAGUAAGAAGGAUCUGUACGAUGCUGUGUGGAUCCAAGUGUCCCGACUGGCCAGCCCAUUGCCCCCACAGGAAGCUAGCAACCACGCACAGGACUGUGAUGACAGUAUGGGCUACCAGUACCCCUUUACUUUGCGGGUUGUGGGUAAGGACGGCAGCUCCUGUGCUUGGUGUCCCUGGUACAGGUUCUGUCGAGGUUGUACAAUAGAGUGUACAGAGGAUAGGGCCUCUGUAGGAAAUGCUUAUAUAGCUGUGGACUGGGACCCCACCGCCCUGCAUCUACGCUACCAGACCUCCCAGGAGAGGAUUGUAGAGGAGCACUGCAGUGUGGAGCAGUCCCGUCGGGCCCAGGCUGAGCCCAUCAGCUUGGACAGCUGUCUGAAGGCCUUCACCAGCGAGGAAGAGCUAGGUGAGGACGAGCUCUACUACUGCUCCAAGUGCAAGACGCACCGGCUGGCCACUAAGAAGCUGGACCUCUGGAGGCUGCCACCCAUGCUGAUUGUCCACCUGAAGCGCUUCCAGUUUGUAAAUGGCCGUUGGAUCAAAUCCCAGAAGAUUGUCAAGUUCCCAAGGGAGAAUUUCGACCCCAGCGCCUUCCUGGCUCCAAGAGACCUGGAGCAGCACUGCCUCCACUCCCGUAGUGAGAGCGAGGAUCUGCUGAGGGUCGGAGAAGACAACCUGUCUUCUAUCUCUGCCCCCGCUGGCUUCUACAACCUUCCGAAAGCUUCCCCUGCCUCUAGCAGGAAGUCAGCGCCUUCUCUUAGCCGAACCAGCAGCCCCUCUGGUAGCCCCAAGACCGGCAGCGGAGGUCGCAAGCCAGGCCGGCUACGCCUGCCCCAGCUGGGCAGUAGAAACCACCUGUCUAACAGCAAGGAGAACCUGGACGGAGCAGCUAAUCCUGAGGCUGACCCACGGGACGGUGAACCACAGCCAGACACAGAGGGGAGCACAACAUCGGGUCCUCCUGAAUCAGGAGGGGUGUUGACGUCAGAGGCAUCGUGCGGCAGCGAGGCGUCCAGCAGCCACUGUGACGUGGUCCUGGUGAAUGGUGACAGCAAUGGGUUGAACUCAGACUUCAGCACAGAGAGCAGCCUGGACCCCGACCACCCGCUGCUCCAGCACAAAAACAACAUCUGUCUGGACGCCAUCUACAACCUCUAUGCAAUAUCAUGCCAUUCAGGAAUCAUGGGAGGAGGCCACUAUGUGACGUAUGCCAAAAACCCCAAUGAGAAAUGGUACUGUUACAAUGACAGCAGCUGUAAGGAAGUACACUCUGAGGAGAUCGACGCUGACUCUGCCUACAUCCUCUUCUACGAGCAGCAGGGAGUGGACUACUCCCAGUUCCUGCCAAAGAUCGAUGGCAAGAAGAUGGCUGACACCAGUAGCAUGGAUGAAGACUUUGAGUCAGACUACAAGAAAUACUGUGUCCUCCAGUGACCGAACCUUGUCUUCCAUCAGCCCGCUUUACACCUGCUCUCUGCUCCCGGCCACUGAUCUGAGCAGGAACCCCCUGAAGUUCAAAUCGUUCUGAAGGAUUCAAAUAAACUGCCAACGACUAGUGUCGGACCGUGGUCCCUGCCCUUAGAGAUGCGUCGCAGCACUUUCUAUUCUUGAUCGCAAACAUAUUUUAGUGCAAAGAUUUGCCAAGACAACAAUGAAGCCCUGGUGGAAGCACUAAACUUGUGUACUUUGCUGAGCCUGACGAAACACCCCCCGCACUCUUCUCUUCUUCCAUUGCGAACAAACCUCGCCAUAACAAACGUCUAACAUUAAACUUGCAUACUAACGCAUCUCUGAAUGUAUGCCAGUAUGACCAAGUCAUGAAGUGAUGUUGAUUUGUGAUCGUGCGUUUAUCACUUGUGAUGUCAGAACGAAAACACACCUGAAAUGAUCAUGUAAUCUGAGCCUGGAUAGUUUACCUGGAGAAAGAAAAUAAUGAGGCCUCAGAAUGUCCAGGUAUAAAUGCAUAGCCAAUGAUUGGAUAAAGGUUGAGUUUGAAAAGGCCAAGUGCAAAUGGGGCCCAAGAGUUAAAGAACCUGUGCUGAUGUCAUAUUUGAUGCCACAGAUCAACAUGAUGUUGACAUUAGGGAUCUAGUAUAUUGGAUACUAGGGAAACAUAAGUCACAUGCUACCUCAUUGCUUCCUGCAGUCUGUCAGCCCUAAAAGUCCAUGACAGUAUUACAAUUUUUUUUUUUAGACUCCCCCCUGCUAGGACACAGUAACAGGUCCUGAUGGACAUUAUAGUAGGCAUUUUUGCCAAAACUGUGUUUCAUUCCACAGCUGCCAAAUAUCAGUGGUGAUUUGUGCAAUGUUGACCUGUAUGUACCCAUAACUUCUUUGAAACUCAAAAAUCUUGAGUAUCAGUCUGGGUUUGUUUAAGACAGGUGCCAUGAUUUCAAAAGAGACACGCUGAAAGAUUAAUAUACAGUAUAUGUUUGAUACUUUUUUUUAGGGGGGGAUUCUGCAAGGGUGUUGUUUUAUAAAAUACUUAUUUUAUUGUUGUGUUUUUUUUUUUCUUAAGGCCAUUCAGGUUGGAAUGGAUAUUAAUCUCAAAGCUUCACCAGAGGCAUCAGUCUUGUCUUCACAGCGCUGUAGUAACACAAACUUUCUGACUGCUGCAACUCUUAACUAUUGAGACUCAAACUCAUCUGUGACACAAAUGUUCAUAUGCUCCCUCACAAGUCGGGACAUUGGGGAUAAUGUUAUUGUAGUUACAAAAUGGUUUUAGCUGUAAUUACAACAUUCUACUAUUUAAAGAGUAACUUAAAAGAGUCCUCCACUAAUCUAGCAUUGCACUCCUAAAACAUUGUCCAACCCACGAAGGCCUGUUUUAACACUAGGUUUAAAAGUAGUGUCAUGCCCCCUCUGGUUGGAAGUUUCAAGCCUGUUUCUUCUUAGUUGCUCCUUUCCCCACACCCUGUCACCAGAAAACACAUUUUCAGGGGUUGUUAAGUUACUCUUAAGUUACUUUUAACAACCCCUAAAGGCCAGUGAUAAGACAUAUCCACAUUGCCAUAAAUGGAACGCUCACCUGCACCUUGUGGUAAAUUUGAUUUUCAAGAUGGCAUCCUGCUAAAUAUCUGUGGAAGCUUCAGUAAUGCUUGAAUUUAUGGGAUUACCUCCCAGGCAAAGAGGGCCCUUUAUUCUUGGGGGCCAUGUGUCAAAAUCUUGUUUUUGUACUUUUGGUGUUUUACUUAAAAUUAUACUUAUGUAGUGCAUAUUCCUAAGUGAAUGUGUUUUAAUUUAAUAAUCAUAACCAAAUUUGUAAAAUACAAUGAAGCACUGUACCCAAUGGGUAGCCCUGAAUCCCCCUAGUGGGUUACUUCUACCCUAAUAAGUCCCAUAGAGACAAUAAUGUCCUAUAAAGCAAGUUAUAUCAAACUGCAAAAUCGUUGGAAGAUUUCUAGAAAGAAUAGAGUGGAAAUGGAGACAGUUUGAAUUGAUACACUUCAAAUCAAUAAAUUAGUUAAUUGCAGUCCUUAUUUUCAAAAUGUAUGGAGAAUAAGGCUUCUGAUAUAAGAUUGAUAAUGCAAAUAUAUGUAUUUAAUAUUUGAUUGAAAUUUUAGGAAAUUCCUCUGCAUAUCAAAAAAUCCUGAAAAACUCUUGGUAAAUGUCAUACCCUUACGAAAUAAGGUUACCAAAACUUCUGUCCACAUAAACUCACUGAUGUAAGUGAUUUAGUUUACUGUUUAUUUAUUCUUAAAAAAUAACCACAUUCUGUCAGGACUUUUGAGAGCUACAGUAUGGGUCUGGACUAUAGUCAGAUCUGUAAAAACUGCACAUCACAUUUAUAUUUUCAUUUUAUUUCUCUGUGCGUCUAAAUAUGGGUUUCAUGUGAAUUCCAAAUUCAGUUCCUCCUUUCGUCUCAAAUUUUGGGCUUUUUGAUGUGACUGAGGUUAGUUUGCUCUGUGGAGUCUAGUGGCAGAGCUUUGUGUCUGGUGUGUAGCCGCAUGUGUGGAGAUCCUCCUUCGAGGGGCUCAGUCUAAUCACUGUGAACAGACAGCAGACAGUCAGCAGUUUCCCCACUUUGUCUUCUAGAUCACAGGAGAAGAAUCUCUGUGCUCACCGCUUUUUAGCUGCUGUAUUUAUGAGGAGAAGACACAUUUAUGGAUGUAUUCAGAGAGGGGUGUGUCACUAAAAUAAUUUUUAUUUUUGCUCUGCAGAGUACAUUUGUUGAACAGAUGGAAAUGUACAAAUGAGUGCUAUUAAUGUUUGCUAGCUCAGCUCUUUUUUUCCUCCUCCCUCCUGCCUUUGCACGGAGCUGUAGACAAUGUCCAGUUUGAUUUGCUGUUUAAAACAUCAUAACAUGGCUCAAAGUAACAAUUUUCCUAAGGAUUAGUCUGUUGAGAACCCAGUUUGUAAUGUUUGCUUCAUUUGAAGGUGCAAUAGUUGUCAACUUUUUUUGUGGCUUACAAUGUUGCCUCAAACAACUACUUUUGUGAUGCUAAGCUCACCCCAUCCAUAAAACUGUAUUAGCAAAACACAAUUUAAAGUUGCAAUUGAUAUCAGCACAAUUUCUGUAAUCAAAGAUCUAAGAUUUUCUUCCCAAAAGAACUGAACUUUGACACUAAAAUUGGGGCAAACACCGAUCUUGUGACCCACGUAAAAUAUUAUAUUAAAGCCCCCCACCCUUAAACCCCCCAGAAGAGUAAGUCAGAGUGUCGGCAGGCAGUGCAAUUUACUACUGAGAAGUCUGUCAGUCUGUAGCCUCAUUUUAUUUUAGUUCACUUCUCUUGGAUCUGAACUAGUCGUGUUAAUUUAAAUAACUUUUUUGUAAGAUGUUUGUUGAAAGAGAGUGCACUGACAUGAAAACAUGUACAUAAAAAAAUGUGUUUUGUAAAUAAGCCAAUGAAAACUGUAUUUCAGUAUGAACUGUACAAAAUAAUGUACUCGUAGUUGUAUAUGGAGUGAUACUGUUGAUCUGUAACAAAAUACCCAAGCAACAAAUUAAAUUCUGCAGAGGAAA